GGACGCGGGUCGCUGUCUCUUUGGGGUGCAUGUACUACCACACCUCGCUCGUCGUCGUCGUCGUCGCAUACCCCACUACCAACAAGUUGCGUUUCAAGACCCACCACUACGACUCGGUAGCCCGUAAUAGUCACGCGCGUCAGCGAGCGUGACUUGACAAUAGCGCCAGAGGCGUUCGGGGCGGCGCCUUCACGGGCAACCAAGUCGAAAGGUCAACUUGCACCACCUCGACGGACGAUUGCACGUCAUUGCAGCACACACCAAACUAUAUUAGCACCCUUGGUUGUCUUUCUCUCACCCACACACACCCACGACAAUGGCAGCAGAUAUCCAGCAAAUAGCCAUCACCGACGCGCUGACGGUGCACAAGCCCGCGCGGCACAUUGCCUACACGGUCCAAGUGUCAACACCAACGCGCACAUGGUCGGUGAACCGGCGGUACAAUGACUUUGCCGCGCUCGACGCCGAGCUCCGCAGCUCGACGGGCAAGGAGACGCCCGCCCCACUACCCCCAAAGCACUGGUUCGCGCGGACGAUGAACGACGAGGAGAAGAUUCGCCAACGCCGCGUCCACCUCGAGAUCUACCUGCGCACGAUCCUGACGACCAAGGACCCGCGGUGGCGGCAAGCCUUCGGGUUUGCGGAUUUUCUCGCUGUUCCAGCCCAGAGCAGCAAGGUGCCCGACAGCUUUUCCGCCGCGUCGUGGUUGACAGAAGAGGGGGCCGUCGCGUCGCUCCUGCGCACCGCGCGCGCGGCACUACUGAAGCGUGACGCACUAGCGCGCAUGGGUGACGGGGCGGGCGGGCGCGCCGCGUCCGGCGACGCGCGCAAGGCGCUGCGCGAGGCGUCGUCACGUACCGAGGCGCUCGACGUCGCGCUGCAGGCGCUCAGCGGGCUCGGGGACGGCGAGCGCGCGCGCCGCGCCGACAUGGUGGCUGCGCUGCGCGCCGAGGUCGCCAACGUCGGGCGUAUGGCCGAGGCCGGCUUCAGGCCAGCACGCGUCCCCACGCCGCCGGUGGAAGCUGCCGGGCCUGGCUCGAGCGCGGCCGCGGCGGCGCCAGCAGGGCGCGUGUUUGGAAGACGAGCAGCCGCACAAGAGACGGCCGAGACGCGCCCGCUCGACGACCGCGGCGUCGUCCAGCUCCAGCAGGCAAAGAUGGCCAACCAGGACCAGCAGCUCGGCGUGCUCUCUGGCCUGCUGCAGCGCCAGCGGAAAAUGGGCGAGGAGAUUGCCACCGAGAUCGACCAGCAGAAUGAGAUGCUCGAGCAUAUCGACGCAGAGGUCACACGGGUCGGCGGCAAGAUGGCCCGCGCGAAGCGGCAGAUGAACCGGCUUGGGUAGGCGCGGCGCGGCGAGGCGAGGCGUUAUAAUUCAUUGCAUGUCAUGU